AUGUGUUCUCACAUUGGCAAACAUAUUCUCUGCGCAUCAAGCAAUGUACCUGAGGAGGUCGUUCUAAAGGAGCAGGUUGGCGACAUGAUGCCAUGUGGCUUCUGCGGCAGAUCUGGAAUACCCGAGUGCACCAUCACCAUCAAGGUUCCAGUGAACGGCACACCAACAUGGGACACAAAGUGCAUGUUCCAGCACAAAUUCAAGUACGGAUUCGCGGACUCAGGUUCAAAGAAUCAGCCAUGUAGAAACAUCCCUGUAAAAUGUGAUCUCUGCCAUCCAGCUCUCCCUCCCGAACCUGGUAAGACGUCACAAAAGCCGCAGGCGAUUGCUGUGGAGGCUGUGUGGCGCUACAAUAUGCCCAACCAUGUUGUACAUCUGCACAAGGAGUACAUCGUGCCUGGACGAAGGGAGGGUGGUGUCAUGUUACCUCCGGCUGUUUGGAAGGCGAUGAAACUCACAGAUCUCGAACAGAGUGUCGUGCGCAUUCUGAAGGAUCGCUGGCAAUCUUCCUUUGCUGCUGCGUCUGAGCUCGACAAGGAGAACAUGCAAGCAUCAGGUUCUCGGGGCGCUAAACGGCCCGCACUUGAAUCAUCAGGGUCUUUACCUUCCAAACAUGCUCGCACAUCUGUUUCCCGCCUUCAAACUGCUCUCACUUCGUUGAAUUGA